GCCGCACGCCCGUGCACAGGCGCGUAACGUGAAGCAAGAUGGGGGAAGAUGGGAACACUUACCCGCUAUACACGAGAAUAUGAUCCUACAAACACCAUUUCGCUAUGCUGAGAGGGCACGCUGAUAACCUAUGUGCAAGGUUGAGCCAGUACACCGCAGGUCCGCCGAUGUUACUAUAUAUCCCCAACACACCCCGUAGUCGCAUGACGCUACGCCAACGUCAUGUGCGUGCAAUGUGCGUGGGGUGCGGGUACCCUCACAAGGAUCGAGCGCGAUAAGUAAGUUCGACUCGCGGCGAUAAGACACAAAACGCACUAUAUUAUUGAUAACGCUGCUGCGGGACUAUAUUUGCGCAUCACAUGGACUCGACGCAUGUCCUUGGUAUCAAUGGUAUGUCGCACGUUGCCUUGAGGCUUGAGGCGUGCAAU